AUGCGCAUCAACGUUUUUAUUGGGGCCCGUUCUGUGUUUUCGAGAGACAAUUUCACUGGUCUCGCGAUAGGCACGGGCGGUGCACAGCCGUUGAACGGCGCGCUGCCGUCGCUGCCGUCGCCGACGAUGCCGGGCUUCAACAUGGCGGCGCAGACUGCCAACGGACAACCGCCGCCGCAGGACGCCGUCUACACCAACGGCAUCCACCAGACGUUCACUGGACCUGUACCAGUGACGGCGCAAGGGCUGCCAAACGGUGAGGCGGCGCUGCAACACGCGGCGUACCCCGGCAUGCAGCCCUUCCCCGGCGUCGCUUACCCAGCGGUUUACGGGCAGUUCCCACAGCCCAUCCCCCCACCGAUGUCGACCAUUGCGCCCGCGCAAAGAGAAGGCUGCUCGAUCUCCGGCCCCGAGGGCUGCAACCUGUUCAUCUACCACUUGCCGCAGGAGUUCGGCGACGCUGAACUGAUGCAAAUGUUUAUGCCAUUCGGAAAUGUCAUCAGCAGCAAAGUAUUUAUUGAUCGCGCAACCAAUCAGAGCAAAUGCUUUGGAUUCGUGUCAUUCGAUAACCCGACGUCGGCCCAAGCAGCUAUCCAGGCAAUGAACGGAUUCCAGAUUGGCAUGAAGCGGCUGAAGGUCCAACUGAAACGGCCCAAGGACGCUAAUCGGCCUUACUAACCCUAGACGCCGUCCCUGCGCGUUCAUUACGUGACCAUGGUGGCGGCUGGUGUGUUCCCCGCGCCCACGGUGCGCAUGAUCGCGUAUUAUCAACAAUUCCAAGGAAUUUAAUACACGUUUAUUGUAUAGUGAAUAUCAUUACCUACAUACUUACCUAAAGAAUUAUGCAAGCCCACUCGGCGAGUAUACUAAAUUAGUUAAAAAGUAAUUUAUUAAAUCAGCGCGUAGGAAUGCUUCAUUCUUAUCAUUAUCGAUUAAUCAUUAAAUUACUCUAUUAUAUUAUUAUAUACAAUUUAUUAACUUUGAUUAAAUUAUUAUUAUUAUUAUUAUAAAAAAAAUGACACGUUAUAA